ACGAAGAUAGGCAUGCGGAUUGAACUGAACUGGACAGAGCUACGGAGGAAGAAUCGCGAAGACCGUAGAAUACAAGCUCGUUUCUGUUGACACCCUUGGGGAAACAUCUCAACGGCAUUGAGGUUUCGUGCAGUUCUCUUUAAUGAGAUUACUACAUUGUCUUAUGGAACAAAUCAUUUGGAUCGGAGUGUGUCCCCUACUGAAGAAGUAGAUAUUUAAAUACAGGACAAUAACAAUUCCAAUGCACAGGGCCAGGCAUAGACACUCGCUCUGUAAUUGACUAUUACAUUGCCUUUUUAAAUUGUGAUUCUCUAAAAAUGGAAUGACCUGUUCUCACUGGCUUGUUUGAUGGGGCUACUAAGGAUGAUGAUGCCGCCCAAGUUUCAGCUUCUGGCGCUGUUGGCAUUCGCAGUGGCCAUGUUCUUCUUGGAGAACCAAAUCCAGAAGCUGGAGGAGUCUCGGGGAAAACUAGAGCGGGCCAUCGCCAGGCAUGAGGUUCGUGAGAUCGAGCAGCGACACACACAGGAUGGUCUGCGGGAGCGCGAGGCCCCGCUGGCGGCCGACAGCGAGGACGUGGUGAUCAUCUAUAACCGUGUGCCCAAAACGGCCAGCACCUCCUUCACCAACAUUGCCUAUGACCUGUGUGGCAAAAACCACUACCAUGUUCUGCACAUAAACACCACCAAGAACAAUCCGGUCAUGUCCAUGCAGGACCAGGUGCGGUUUGUGAAGAACGUGACAGAGUGGAGGGCAAUGAAGCCGGCCUUCUACCACGGUCAUGUCUCCUUCCUGGACUUCACUAAGUUUGGCGUCAGGAAGAAGCCCAUCUACAUCAACGUCAUCCGGGACCCCAUCGAGCGUCUGGUGUCAUACUACUACUUCCUGCGUUUUGGGGAUGAUUACCGGCCCGGCCUUAGACGCCGAAAACAGGGGGAUAAGAAGACCUUUGAUGAGUGUGUGAUGGCAGGAGGCUCAGAUUGCGCCCCGGAAAAGCUCUGGCUGCAGAUCCCCUUCUUCUGUGGUCAGUACUCAGAGUGCUGGAACGUGGGCAGCCAUUGGGCCCUGGAGCAGGCCAAGUUCAACCUGGUCAAUGAGUACCUGUUGGUUGGGGUGACCGAGGAGCUGGAGGACUUCGUUAUGAUGCUGGAGGCGGCGCUGCCGCGGUUCUUCAGGGGUGCCACAGAGCUCUACAAAACAGGUAAGAAAUCUCACCUGAGGAAGACGAGCGAGAAGAAGCCACCCACCAAGGAGUCCAUCGCCAAGCUGCAGCAGUCAGCCAUCUGGAAGAUGGAGAAUGAGUUCUACGAGUUUGCCCUGGAGCAGUUCCAGUUCAUCCGGGCGCACGCCGUUCGGGAGAAAGACGGGGAACUCUACCUGCUGGCUCAGAACUUCUUCUAUGAGAAGAUCUACCCCAAAAACUAGCAAACGGCCCUGGAGGACAGACUGUUCACCGCACCAUAGUCACAUGCACUGGGGGAGAGCAGAGGAGAUGUUUGGGAUCGUCACUGUGUCUGUGGACCCGCCUCAGUUGGACCUUUUUCAGGUGUUAGUCAGCAGUUCCUGAUUGUUGUGCACGGCUCACUGGCUCCUCCUCCUCCGUCUCCAUAGUAGCCCGACAGAACAAGGAAGCUGCAUCCUGGCGAGAGAGUGCAGAUAGGUCAUGUUCCCACCGGCAUCCCAGGUCCGGAUCUCUUCUCCUUCCACAGGAAAGGUCAGAGGAGUCCCACAGCAGGAGACCGGUCCACUUGGCAGCUGCCUGUGUACUGCUCUUCUGGUCACAUGAUUUGUAUUUUACGUCACGGUUUUUAUCGGCCGUGUUCUGUUGGAUUGCGCUUUCGUUGUAUUUUUAUUCUUCUUUACUAUCAUCAUCUAAGGGAAGACUUUUAUACGUAAAGGGGGGGGUGUCAUUUUUGUAUUUAAAGGACUUAACCGUCAUUAGUACCUUUAAAAGUUGACUACUGUGUUAUCUUGGAGUUUACCUAUAUAGACUGAAGACAUUUUUACAAAAUCGGUGUCCUGUGACCUCUACAGCCUGGGGUGAAAGAAACACCCUGUUCAUGACUGUGGUACUACUCUGUGUUUUAUACUGUACUCCAUUAGUUGUGUUCAGACUAUUUGACCAGUUGGAUUACUGCUAGGAAUGUGAAGUGUUUACACAUCAUGUAAUAAACUAUGAAAGAAGA